AUAAGCAGAGCGCAUGUAAAUAGUGAACCACAUGUUUCGGUGAUCCGCAAUUCUAUGUACGCAAUCUGUACACAAAAUUUUGUAGGUCCGUCAUCUAUUUCGCAAUGCACAAGGUACGCACUGCGCUUAUACUGACAUCGACGAUUACUGAGGUGGCUGUCAGCUAAGAUUGUGAGAAUUCUGAACAAAUAAAACAGAAACAGAAACGUCCUCGUUGCAAGUGAGCCCUUAAUUCUCUGAACUAGAUUUCUGCUCAGUAAAGCAUAAAAGGACAAGAUGUCAGAAGACUGGGGGGCCUCUUCGGUGUCGGGUGGAUCCAGCUUUGGAAAGAGUAGUUUUGGUGGAUCAAGUGGUGGGGUCAAAGACGAUGGAUUUGGCGUUGGAGUCGGUCGAGGUCGAGGAAGGGGUCGCGGGUUUAGCCCCUUUGCUUCAAACGGUGGUGUCGGUGGUAUGACCAAUGGGACUACCAAUGGAGGAGGAGAGAGUAGCGGUGGGUGGGAUGAGAGCCCAUCUAAGAGUGGCUCAAGUAGCAGUCCAUGGGGCGGUGAUGGUGAUAAUGGGUUCGGCAAGAGUAGCUUUGGUAGCAAAUCGUUCGGUGGAGGAGGAGGAGGUGGUGGUGGUGGGGGCCGAGGUGCUGAAUCAGGAGGAGGACGAGGAGGAGGAGGAUUCGGCGGCAGACGAGGAGGACGUGGAGGUGGAGAUAGAUCCUGUUAUAACUGCGGUGAAACAGGUCACAUGUCAAGAGAAUGUCCCACAAAGGACUCGUCAGGAGGAGGACGUGGUGGUGGUGGUGGCGAUAGAAGUUGCUACAAUUGCGGCGAGACCGGACACAUGUCACGAGAGUGUCCAACAAAAGACUCUUCGGGUGGAGGAGGUGGAGGUGGUGGAAAGUGCUUUAGAUGUCAAGAAGAAGGCCACUUUGCCAAGGAAUGCCCCAAUCCAGAUACAAGAAAUGAAGGCGAAGGUGGUGAAGCCAAGCCGCCAGCAUCCACCUACGUUCCUCCCGACCCAUCCGAGGAAGAAUCACAGAUCUACAUAAGCACUGAACAAGGAAUCAACUUCAACAAGUAUGAUGAUAUACCCGUAGAAGUCAGUGGUCGAGACAGGCCCAAAAAUAUACGAGCUUUUGAGGAGGCCGAGCUAGAUGAGACAGUGUUGUCCAAUGUGCGUAAGGCUCACUACGCUAAGCCAACACCUGUGCAGAAGUAUGGUAUGCCCAUCAUUUCUUGUGGACGUGAUCUGAUGGCCUGUGCACAAACAGGAUCAGGAAAGACGGCGGCAUUCCUCCUACCCAUCAUCACCAACAUGAUCACCCACGGAGGCUGCAUCAGCACCUUCAACGUGAUCCAGGAACCUCUGGCCCUCAUUGUCUCGCCAACCCGCGAGCUGGCCAUCCAGAUCUACAACGAGGCACGCAAGUUCUGCCGCGGCACCACCAUACGACCUGUGGUGGUGUACGGAGGCACCAGCGUCAGUCAUCAGAUGAGAGAGUGUCAGAAGGGAUGCUCCAUCCUGGUGGCCACGCCCGGACGUAUGCAUGACUUCGUAACCAGAGGAUAUAUCGGCCUAGGCAAGCUGAAGUUCCUGAUCCUUGACGAAGCCGACCGUAUGUUGGACAUGGGUUUCGGUCCUGAUAUCCAGAGACUGAUCGAGCACCCUCACAUGCCUGCCAAGGGUGAUCGUCAGACCCUGAUGUUCAGUGCGACCUUCCCCAACGAGGUCCAGGAGAAGGCAGGGGAGUACCUCAACGACUAUCUCUUCCUGACGGUAGGGAGGGUAGGAGGAGCUGCCUCUGACAUCGAGCAGAGGGUGUUCUCGGUCGGGCAGUUCGACAAGCGAGAUAAGCUAAUGGAGAUCCUGAGGGAUCAGAAAGAUGAUGACCGUACUCUGGUGUUUGUUUCGACAAAGAGGAAUGCUGAUUUCUUGGCCUCUCUUCUCAGUCAAUCUGAAUUCCCCACCACCAGCAUCCAUGGUGACCGUCAGCAGCAGGAGCGUGAAGAAGCCCUGCGUGACUUCAAGACCGGCAAGGCACCAAUCCUCGUUGCCACGUCUGUAGCCGCCAGAGGUCUGGACAUCCCAGGGGUCAAGCACGUGGUCAACUACGACCUUCCAAGCGACAUCGACGAGUACGUGCAUCGCAUCGGGCGUACCGGACGUGUUGGAAACCUUGGACGAUCAACUAGCUUCUAUGAUGCAGAAAAGGAUGCUAACAUCGCGAGAGCUCUCAUUAAAAUCUUGGCUGAUGCACAGCAGGAAGUACCAGAGUUCUUAGAGGAGGCUGCUGAUUCGGCCAUUGGAACGUACCAUGGCAACGCUGGAGGAAGCUUUGGAGGCAGGGACACCAGGAAGUUCGGUGGUCGAGGAGGAGGAAGGGGAGGAGGAAGUGGCGGUGGUGGUGGAGACGAGUGGGGAUCUGGAGGAGGAGGCGGUGGCGGCGGCGGCGGCGGCGGAGGAGGAGCUGCUGAUGAUGAAUCAUGGGAUUAGGUUGCCAUUGCAAUCAAAGCAAGCUUCCACCCGUAUGAUAUCUGCACUUUCCUGGAGAAGAAACACAAAUGAGAUUCGUCUUUGAGAAGGACAUCGAUCCAUAAACAUUUGAAUCAAUGAAGAAAAAUUCAUUUGCACAUCUCCAGCGGAAGACGGCAGUGAGAAAUCAAAGUAUGAAGAAAGAGGAAGGAGUUGAGCUUUUGUUGAGAAUAUUGUUCAAGAAUAUUCCAUCAGACCUUUCUAUAUAUAUUACGAAUACAUGAAUCAACCUUCUUGUAAAUGGUUUGUGCUUUCAUGAUGUAUUAGUGCCUCAGCACUGCGAGUUAAGUGAUUAUCAUUUCAUUGUUGACAGUUUUGUCAUGUUCACCGCAGUUUUGUUUUGUGUGAGCACUCUUGUUUUGGAAGUGAUAAAGGAAAUAUUCCAGCUUUGAUGCUUUUGUUUUAAAAGAGGUUAAUGUUGUAACAUUAUAGAGCAGUUGUCUGAAAAAAGCGUAGGUUGGAAUGAGACACAAUGUACAGAUUUAAGCAUUUAACCUGCUAUGAUUGGCAGAAAAUGACAUAUCUUAGUAGAUAAAUGCAUGGAACAAAAUGAAGAAAAAAAAUUCUUCUUUCAUAAUCGUUAAAAUUGGCAAAAGUCGUUGCUAGCAACUGCAGUAGUAAGAAGUAGAAUCUACUUGAUAUUUAGACAAACGUUCUAAAAAGAAAGAGAAGCUGUCUCUGAUCGGUAUUAAUUGCAUUUCUUAACUCUUUAGAGUAGGCAUGCCACAUCCGAUAAUGCAUACUUUAUAUCUUUCUUCUGAUUACUAGAAUGUAAGCCUAGAUAGUCAUUCCUGACCUACAUAUUCAUUUUAUUUCAUGACAUGAGGUUAGUUUCAUAAUUUGUUUGAUAAGUAUCAUCUUUGAUCUACUCUAACAAUUCCAUUAGAAUAGAUUUAAUCAUAUAUCAUCAAGUAUAAUCUUUUCCUAUCCAUUUACUUUUUAUGCUUUUAAAUCAUGUUCAACUAUUUUUUUAUACGUAGCUAGGUUCAAAUCAAUACUGUUUCUAUUUUAAUGUUCUUAUUGUUAAGUUGUUUGUUUGUUGCCAUUAUGUGGUAUUUUGAGCUGACAAUCCGUCAGCGAUAGUUAUACAAACGGAUAGAACCAAAGGAGGGAAAAUUUCCUUGAAUGUUAUGCAGAGAAGUUAUGCAAGAUGGCCGGAAUACGGGCCGAUAAAAAGGGGUGGAAAAAGAAAGAUGGAAUAAGCGAUGACUAAAAGCGGAAGCGGUAGAGAAAAAACGCCCAAAACACCACGACAGUAUUAACAUCAAAUCCGUCCAAACCUAGAAAGUAUGAUAGUGCUACUUUGGUAGCCAGAAUGGGUAUCCUCACAUGUCUUGGUUGGAGAGCAUCUUGGUGAUGUUCUCCUACCUUUGGAAUAAGCAGUUCCUGUGUAGCCCCUGUUCAUUUCGAAAGGGGCAAGGAAGGAACUUGGGUGACAUGUUGCAAAGACACAUUCCCUAGAUGUGUAAGAAGGGACACAGUAGCUUUGUCACGCCUCUGCACCUGUUUACUACAUAGUCGUGCUGAGAGCUAGAAGGGCAUUAACUCUGUUGAAGUCUGCAAGUUAACGCCCUUCUGCCACUCAGGAAAUGUCUUCAUGUGAGGUGCACAUCAAAUACUUUCUUAGGUUGCCCAGUGUCCAGUAGUUCUACUCGAACGUACUGGAGCAACAAGAAAUGCCAAAGCCUUGUCUUCUUCAGUGCUAGUUCCUCUGGAAUCUACAGUGUGUGUGUUCAUCAAAGACUUUAUUGUACCUUGCCAAAUGUGUUUCUCUUUGUGUGCCAUCGGCUGAUAGUGUUAAGCAGAAUCAGUAAUGUCCUCUUCUCCACUCGGGAAUGGUUUGGUUUCUGGGAGUGUGUUUGAUAUCGGGUUCUUCGGCUGUAUUUGGAGCCCUGUGUAAGCCAUAGGACAGGUCUAUGGAAGAUCGUGCAUCGUUAGAGUUGUUUUUGGAGGCCGUGUUUGUGUCGACACCAAGACUUCUUAUUCAUCAUAAUCCAGUCUGAAAUAAAGUUUUGUUACUUAGAGUGUAAGUGAGUAACACAACUUGAUUCUAGUUUGGGUUGGUUACAGACUUGUUCAAGUAGCAACUACUUGGAAGUAUGGUUGGUACCAUGAGAGCUUUCAUGUUCCUUUAAUUGUGAGAUAAUCGAGGGCCAUUAUGCCAUUCUUGGCAAAGCUUUUCUUGGCGUAUAAUGGAUACAGUUUAAGUACAACUCAUUCCGUAUUUGUAAUUUUCUCAGGGUGUCAAGCAUUGAUUUUUUUUUUUGUACAUAUACAACAAACCAAAGUAUUCAUUAUGCAAUAGUUUCACGUCGGCAAGGUUUUUGUUGGGAAUCCAGCAGUCUCGGUACAAUUGCUAAGUCCUGGGACCCUGUCUUAUGUUAAGGGGUAUUUUGAUUGGUCUCUAAAUGUAGACCAAGAAGUUCGGCUCUUUAUCUAUGGGACAGUCUGCACCCCAGAUGCGGGCUUUCAAUUAAUCCGUCCCUGUUCUUUCACAUUGUUUUUGUUUUGUUUGUACUUCCACUUACCCUUUAGGGGUUUUGUGGAUACUGAAUGUUUGUUUACCAUGGUAGGCCAAGAGAGAAUUGGGACCUUGUGGAUUUGUUCCUUUUUACAGGGUCCUCGCCAUUACCAAAGAAAAUGUUGUGUUAUCUUGUUAUUUUAACAUUACUUGCCUUUAUGGGAUUUUAGGCUGAAAUUAGUCAUUCCAUUUGUUGUUUUCCUUACCAAGUGCCAAAUUUAUAUAUUUUUUAAAAACAAAGUUAAUGUAAACUAUGCACAGACUUAUUUUGUAUGCGUCUGCUCCUCACAUCUUUUAGAAAGGAGAUUCAAGGAUGUUUUAUAAUGACAGCAUCUCCAUUCUCCAGGUAGUUGGGGGUUUAAUAAUUCUUUGCCUUGGUAGCAUCUAAAAUGAAAGGCUUUGAAAAAGGGAAGGGUAUUCUCCACCUUUUCUAAAUCGAAUGGAAUAUAUUUAUAGAGUUCUUAAAAUUGAUCUUUGAGUUUCCAUUUAGUUUUUGCAAUGCUGUUUAUACAGUGAUUCUGAAUGGAUUGCUCUGUCAUUUGAAAACAACUGAACAAAUUAUAAUCAAAAGUUCAACAUACUAAUUAGGCAUGACAUAGGUGUGUGCCCCAGAAUUGAAGACCAUUGUUUAAUGUAGCCUUUGGUUUGGAAGAUUUGAUGUAUAACAUGACCCUUGGUUGAAGGUGCAUGUUAUCCAUUAGAUCAAUCUCCACUUAAACCUUUCAAGGUCUCGGCCCCAACAUCGGAACACUGCAGGGGAUUGUAGAGAAGAAGUGUGUUUUGACAUUUUAGAGGAGUAUCGAGAUGUGUCCAGCAUGUGCUUUUCGAAUAAAAAUCGAAUACACGAUAGUAGGCCUUGUUGAAUGGCUCCAUUAAGUUUGGUUUCGCUGAUGGGUGCUGAAAUUUCAGUUCAUUCUCUAAACUCUAGAUGACAUGAUUCUUGGAUGCAUGUCUUCUGAUUUGGGGAAUAUUGCAGGAAAUAAUGCCUUUCAAAGAACAGGAUCUUCGUAGAAUGGCUAGUGUGUUUUGUUACCGAUGGGAGUUGUUCAUCCUUGGUUGUUGUCUUGGUCUUCCUGAACCUUCCCACAUCCAUUUAAUCAUGGACAGACUUGAAAGUCGCUUUGUCGGAGGAUCACUCAGGCUGAUGAUGUGUGGCAGGUAGGCAUGACUUCACUCAGGAAGUAUGUUUACAUUUCGGAAGGGUGAGCUAAAGGUUGAGAUGAAACGAAGCAGUCACUUGACCUGUCAAGAAGACGGGUCUGUGACGAGGAAGCAUUAGUAUUAAAAGGCGGCAUACAUCGGACGGUCCUGUGUUUACCCUUGGACUCCUUCAUACUCCUUGUCUAACCAAUGGAAAGUGGGUAUGGAGGGGUAGAGGUUUUAGUGGUGGAAAUUCUUCCAGUUAAUACGGUAUGGAAGAAUUCAAAUAGAUGGGCAAGAAGUACUAGAAUCCUGUGGUGAUGGAUUUUCCAUCUGAACCGUGUGUGAAUUAUGCGUCCUUAAUGGACAUGCGUGAAAGUUGUGCAUUCAAGUUGAAGCACUCUGGUUACCUAAGAUUGGUCGUGGAGAAGGAUGAUUUUGGUAGGAAAUGAAAAGUGAUGUUUGCUAGUAAAGUCUGCUCACGAGAUAGUCAUUUAUUCUUUACCUUAGUGUGUAUUAGUUGAUCACCUAUCCAUUCCAUUUUCCCCGAUUUUAUCCCGAUUUUCCCCUUAUAUUCUCUAUUCUUAAACGUGUUGAGUUGUCAAAAGUUUUGACAGAAAAUAAAUAAAAUUUUGCAUCACA